GCCCAUCCGCUUCCGGCUUGCGGGUCUUUGAGCUCCUGGCGUGGUUUGGUCCCUCGGCUGCCUGGCGUGGCGGAGCCUCCCGGGGUUCGGGCCCCGAAAGACGCCGCUUGCAUGGCCUCCGCCGUGGACUUCAAAACCUACGUGGAUCAAGCCUGCAGAGCUGCUGAAGAAUUUGCAAAUAUUUACUAUGAGACCAUGGACAAAAGGCGAGGGGUGUUAACUAGACUCUACACAGAGAAUGCAGUGCUCGUUUGGAAUGGAAAUGCAGUGUCUGGGCAGGAAGCAGUUGCAAAGUUCUUUGAAAUGUUGCCAUCGAGCGAGUUUCAAGUUAACAUGUUUGAUUGUCAGCCUGUUCAUGAGCAAGCGACCCAAAACCAAACCACUGUCCUGGUGGUGACGUGCGGCACGGUCAAAUUUGAUGGGAAUAAGCAACAAUUCUUCAAUCAAAACUUCUUGCUAACGGCACAGACCACAAACAAUAACACGGUGUGGAAAAUCAUGAGUGACUGCUUCCGCUUUCAGGAGUGGCCUACUUAGUGGGCAACAGCAGGUAGAUGUUUUCUACCAGAUACAUGGCUUUUGGGAGGACCACAUGCUAGAUACGGAAUACUGCCUUUCUCUUGCCGCAUCUUCUGAAGUGAUUCAGCCGGUCAGAAGCUGCUGGUUUUAUGCCAAAACUAAUCCUAUAACUGCAGAACCCCCUGUGCCUUCCAGGUUCUAUUUGACAUCUUUCAAAAGGAGACACUCUUCCAGUUUAUUUAUAUUGGUGAUUUAUGUUGGCGUUUGGAUGGGAGAAAAUGUCUUCCUUGUGUUAGCAUUCUGUCUUUGACCAAGUUGGUCACUCAGUCCCUUUGUGAUAUGAUAAUACAACUCCCGUCCGUCACAAAUAUGUUUUGCUUCCGUGGGAAAUUAAAAUGUGACACACAGAUGGACAUGUGCAUGUGGUUCUUUCAUUCUGGAGCGUGUUCAAGCGCUUGAAGAUGAUAUUUCUGAAAAGAAGUAAUUUGUAGGGGUAGGGGGUGCGAACGGGUAGGUGUAUAUCUGGGGGCUGAUCAAAAAUUAGCAACCCUCUGGUGGUGUGUUGCAUUUCUAGGCUGAGUUUGUUGUGGUUUCAAAUUGCUGUCACUUGGAAACAGUUGAUUUAAAAGAAAAAAUCAGAUUUAAAUGAAUGUCAGGAGUUUUUUUUAAUGUAGAAGAGGAGAAAGCCAGGCUAGGAGGAAGUGUUCUGUCUUCCGAACCUCUGCAAGGCGAAUCCUUCUCUAGCUGGCUGGUGUUUUAUCUUUCUUUCUUAUAAUUUCCCUUUCACCAUGAAAGAGCAGAACACUCUUGAGCAGCUUAGGAUGUGAUGUUGGUGAAGGAACCUCCACCAGCUACCUGUCCCUUCCUUUUCUGUACCUUCAUCACACCUAUAACAAUGCUUUUAUCCUGUUUUGAAAACAGUGUGGAAGAAGGAAGUGCCCAGCACCCUCUGCACUCCCCUUUCCCUCUGUUCCACUGGUGCACUGUCCAAACCCAUUUUCGGUUAUGGGACUCCUCUGUUGCUUUUUGAAUUUUCACGUGCCCUUCCCCCUUCAAACAAAAAUUAGAGCCAGAUUUACGGUAUGUUUAAAACAGCAGUAUCCAACUUAGCUGAACAAUUCUUCUGGAGCAGCCGUUGACAGAUCUGACUCGUGUUACCUCUCCACGACUCACCUUCCAGUGGAGCAAAAGGAAACUUCAGAGGCAUGGAAAAGCAGCGAGAUUCACAGCCCAUUCUGGGAGGUUUAUUAUCACACUGGGAGGCGCAAUGGCCAGUUUCCCCAUCGUGCCUUGAAAAUACAUGCGACUUAGUUGUAGGGUGAGAUUACCUGACCCCAUCUCCCGACAUCAAUGUGUUUUACUAGCUGUGCUGCCUUAAAGGCAGUGUUGUUUGGGGUAUAUCACACGUACCAGCAUAUCUGUGGAGGGCUUACCCUUAACAGGCAUUCAUGUAUGGGACCCUUUCCCGUCCCCACUGAUUCUGCAGCUGGAUGUUUGGGGUUGGCAUAUGUAUUCUGUGAGGAGGGCACAGUGAACUGCCAUCUUGUCCAAAACCCUGUUGUGAAUGUGUUAGGUUGGUGAGAAUCCUUGAGAAAUAAAGAUGGGGGAAUGUGUAAUCUAUAGUGGUUCUUUUAUAUGAUAUAGUUCAGGUAAAGGUAGCGUUGGGUGGUCUCUCGGGGCGGUGGUGAAUUGUUACUUAAUUUGGAAGACACUUACCACUGAUGGUGAGUGAACACUGCACUACUGCUUUUUAAACAUCCAGGAAAAGAAAAUUAGAGAAUAGGACAGACUCUGUGACUUAAAGUAAGCUAGUGAAGCCUCUGCCUGGUGAUCCUACUCAGUCCAUUAUGGGUAUAGUGAUACAACUAGAGCUCAGGAUUGUAACCUUUUUAAAUAAUAGAUUUAAGUGGUAGAGCAGAAACAGUUGUUAUUAAAAGCCUUAGUUACAUGAUUAAAGCAAUUACGGCGGCAGCAUUUAAACCUGUGCUUUAUUUCUUUAUCUUGAUGGUUUUUUGGCGUUGCUGUUUGACUUUGUGCUGUUAGUCCUGUGUGUGGAGAAUAUAAUGCUUUUGUCUAUUGCUAAACUCAGCUGCGAAGGGGUUGAGCAGAAAUGUUCAUUAUUUAAAAGCUCAGUUACAUUAUUAAUGUGAAGCAAGCUUGACAGCAGGAUCUAAAUCAAUAGUUUAUCCUGUUUUUCUUUUUGGUUUGACUUUGUGUGUUUGUAAUUGUUUGUCUUUGUAGUAUUAGGAAUUUUAUGUGAUGGAAUAUAAUGCUUCUGUUUGUAUUGCUAAAAUCAGGUGGAACAUGUAAAUAAAUCUUAUUGCAAAUAUGAAUGUUUAA